GAUGAUCUCAGGUCAAGUGCCGGACAAGAACAUAUUUUACCCGAAAGGAAAGUAAUUAAUUGACGAUUAGAUCGUACAUCAGAAUGAUGAGCAGCUUUGGAAGUUCACCUAUAGUCGUGCCUUCUUCGGUGCAUGAGUUGGUUCAAGAAAACAUCACUGAGAUCCCGAAUCGAUACAUCCAUGAUCAUAAUGAAGAUCACAUAUCUGAUGACUCUACGGCUAACUACAGUAUACCUGUUAUCGACGUAGAAGGCCUACUCUCUGGAGAAUCAGUAUUAGCAGAUUCUGAAUUACAAAAACUUCAUUCUGCUUGCCAACACUGGGGCUUCUUUCAGGUGGUAAACCAUGGAAUUAGCUCUCUAGUGAUUGAGAAAUUAAAGUCGGAAAUACGCAAUUUGUUUGAACUUCCAUUAGAGGAUAAAAAGAAGAUGUGGCAGCAACCAGGAGAUAAGGAGGGAUUUGGGCAACACUUUGUGGCUUCAGAUGACCAGAAACUUGAUUGGUCAGACAUGUUUUACAUAACAGCUCUACCAAUUAAAAUGAGAAAGCCUCAUUUUUUCGCCAGGAUCCCACUACUACUAAGGGAGGCGGUGGAAACUUACUCUUUGGGUUUAAAAAACCUUACAAUGAUUCUACUAGGAAAAAUGGCUAAAGCUCUAAACAUGGAUGCUGAUGAGAUGGAAGGGUUAUUCAAUGAUUGUUUGCAAACAAUGAGAUUGAAUUACUAUCUUCCUUGUCCAAAGUCCAACCAGGUCAUAGGUUUAUCACCACACUCAGAUGCUGCUGCUUUGUCGAUUGUCCUUCAGCUCAACGAAACUGAAGGCCUUCAGAUUCGUAAAGACGGAAAAUGGGUUACUGUAAAACCCAUCCCUGGUGCACUUAUAGUCAAUCUCGGAGACAUGAUGGAGAUUCUGAGCAAUGGUGCCUAUACAAGUAUCGAGCAUAGAGUAAUGGUGAACCCAACACUAGAGAGGCUUUCAAUCGCCACAUUCCAUGCGACCAAUCCAGAUGCAGAAUUCGGCCCUGCACUUAGCUUGAUUGAUCAUCCACAUAAACCAUCAUUAUACCGAAGAGAGACUUUGAAGAAAUACUGUCAAAACUUCUUUGCCCACAAACAUAAUGGGAAAUCCACUAACCUAGAAUUCAUGAGGAUUCAAAAUGUCGAUCAGUUUAGUUGAUUGUUAUCAUGGUAGGUACUGAUUAUGGACUGUUUAUCUGUAAUUUGUUUGGCUAUAUUAAGCUUGGUUUUUUAUAUUUAAUCCGUGAAUAAUAUAGCUACUAGCCUACUACUAAUCGAGCUUGCCAUA